AUGGAUAUGGACUACGAGCUCAUUGCCGAAUCAGAGGCGAAGCGGAGGAAGAUCCGCAAAGGGACUAAGAGUUGCUGGGAGUGCAAAAAGCGCAAGAUGAAAUGUGUGUAUGCAGACUCCAGCUCUUCAGCUGAUGGCGAUGCCAUCUGCAUUGGCUGCCAGCGGCGAGGCUUCAAGUGUGUGAGCCAGGAGUUUGAGUUUGUUGGUGGAAAAGAGAACGCAGGACAUUUCGAGAGGAAGGGACGACACCACACGAGCGGUAAAGAUAGAGAUCGCGUUGCGAGGGUUGAGACCUUAGUUGAGGAACUAAUUAGGAAAGUGGACCGCCAUGGGGGAUUAGAAGUACCUGCCACUAGCGGAAUUUCCGCGGCUCCAGGUCAUGGAAUACCUACUGUUGCACCAAUUGAUCAACAAUCUUCAGAUUUCUUGACUCCAUGCAAGCCUUCGGAGGAUCAUGGCCCGGCUGAGGCUGAGGGGAAAUAUUCAAAGCUAUCUCAAAGAUUGCACGGAUCAUUGCCCUCACGACAAGUCAUCGAGAUAAUAUCUAAUGCCCGCGGUAAUAAAGCCAUACUUUUACAUGAGGUGCUGAGCAUUCCAUAUGCUGUCCUCGAGCAGAAUGGCCUCAAGUCGUCAAACAGUUUACUAGAGAUGCCUAAACCGAGUUCGCAUCCAGUGCUGAUCGCAAGACAUAUGCUUCAAAUUGCUACUUUCCUCCAGCAUGUCAACCCUAAUUCUAUUGGGGCGAUAAACAGUCUUCCGGAAUCACUUCCUGCACUGAUGAAAAGAUUGGCAGGAACGGCUAUUGAUUUGGUCACGACAAAUGACGAGUUUUUUGGUAGCAUCGAAGGACUCGAGUGUGUUAUGAUGGAAAGCAUGUACCACCAUAAUGGUGGAAGUCUACGACGAAGCUGGAUAGCGAACCGGAGGGCUAUGGUCAUUGCGCAAAUGAUGAACCUCCACCAAAGUCAAAGCCGAGCAAGAUACAAGGCUCUUGACCACAAAACGAGAGCUCAUCCACAGUUCAUGUGGUUUCGAAUUGUCUCCCUCGACCGAAAUUUGUGUCUACUGCUGGGUCUUACGCAGGGCUCCUUUGACCAGAGUAUGGCCACUGGCACAGCAUACAGAGAUGACAUCCCUAUGGGCCGCCUUGAGCGGAUGCAUUGUACCAUCGCGUCUCGCAUAUUGGAGCGCAACGAGUCUGACCCGUACGCUAAUGGCAUUGCCCUGACACUAAGCCUCGACUUGGAGCUACAGAAAGCGGGUAGAAGCAUGCCUAGCAAAUGGUGGCUUAUGCCGAAUCUUGACAGUGUCAUGGAGGACCCACAGGCUCUCUUUCUGGAUAUGGGACGCCUGUUCAGCCAGUUAUAUCAUUACAACUUGCUCAAUCAGCUCCAUCUGCCUUACAUGCUUCGUUCAUCACCGGAACGGAAGUACGAAUAUUCCAGAAUGACCUGCGUGAAUGCCUCAAGAGAGAUUCUCUUGCGAUUUAUUAUGUUUCGUGGCUACAACAAGAAUAAUUUCUGCUGUCGGACAGUUGACUUUUUUGCACUGAUGGCCGCCAUUACACUACUCCUGGCGCAUCUCGAUAGCCACCGCUUUUCGCAGACCACCAACCUCUUAGCGCAUCAAUAUUUUAGUGAUCGUGCCAUGAUAGAGCAGGCUCAGUUGAACAUGGACAAAAUCAGUCGUGUUAACGGAGAUACUUUAAGCGCCCAAAGUGCAGAAUUAUUAUCUAAGUUGCUGGCCAUCGAUUCUGAAACAGCGGAUGGUGUCAAUACGGAGAGCGUCAGCGUUCAGACUCCAGAAAUUGCAGUGUUGCAGUCAAGCGAAGACGAAAAUGGCGUUGUUCGGGUGCAAAUACCUUACUUUGGCAUCGUCAGUAUUGCCCGUCAGGGCGUUAUUUCCAAGGAAACGGCCAACGCACAACCUCCUUCAAACAAUGACCAAGCCUACGCUACGGUUAUUGGGUUGCAUAAAGCGCAUAACACCGAAGGUUCAGAAGCUACAGUGCGUGAUCUGAGCUCUGAUCGUUUCGAUGGAAAUGCAUUUCCUAGGUCAAUGACCGAAGCAGAUUACAACUCUAUCGACAGUGUUAAUUGUCCGCCUGUACAGGCUACAUCGCCAUAUCAGGGAACCAUUUCUGAAGCCCUUCUACGGAAUCAUCAGGAUCCUGAGCUAAUUGCCGGGGUGGACGACUGGGCAUUUCAAGGUGUCGAUAUGGCUUUCUUUGACAGCUUAAUGAGAGGCCUUGACAGCGCAGAUAGUUGA